AAGGAAUUUUACUAGAAAAAAUAAGAGAAAGGACAAUUUGGGACUGUUGCCGGUUGUACGUGACUUGAGAAACGGGGCCGGCGAUAGUGCAAGUGAUCAUGGUAACAACAGAACGAGAAAGGACGAUUCGCUCUGCGACAUCCUGUCGAGUCCGUCAUUCCGAUUUGUUAUCUGCUUGAUCAUCGUAAUGGUUGUUUUACUAUACAAGUCGGUUUACAUGGAUUAUUUCCACUUGAAGAAUGAAAAAUCUUCCAUAUCGAUCACGAAGACUUCAUGGAAUUCUACCAAAACGUUAUAUGGAUAUGAUGACGGAAAACCAACGAUUGAAGUAAUCGAGAUUUUACCAAAUUGUGGUUUACAAACCAUUUGCUCGGAUAAUGCUUUUCCAGUUCAUAUAUAUACGGGAAAAAAUAAAACAGAUUUUCCGAGGUUGUGUAUCAUGGGAAAAUACGUUAUGUCAUUCAACCGAACUGCAGGUGGCCGUGGAAUCAACGUAGCCGUGAUAGAGUCAACUACAUACACCAUCAUGGAUGUUAAAAACUUCGAUACGUAUGAGUAUAAUAGUUCUAAUUUAGAUGAAUGGCUUGAUCACAUGGUUAAAGUUGGGGAUGUUGUAAUAUUUUUUACAUUUGACGAGGCGUCUAAAAAGUUAACAAAAAACACAAGAAAUGUUUUAUACAAUAUGGGGAGUGGGAAAAUUCAAGACUUAUGGUACAGAUGUCAAUGGUUUAUGGUGACACAAAAAGGAAUUCAAGGCAUCACGCCGUAUGAAAAAAUCACAUACUCGCAUAAGAACAAUUGGGCAGAUGUAUUAGAUGAAAAAUUAUGUGUUCCAUUUCAAAUUACAGGAAAUCCAAUUGUUUCUGACGACUUAUCCAAUCAUCAACUGUCGUUCUGUAACGCUACGUUUGACGAGUACACCGAGUAUUGCAAUGAAAGUAAUGAACACACCGGAAGCGUUAAUUACGGUUACACGAGAAGCGAGUCCCGAGAAAGUCACCGAACAACGCCUAGUCGAUUGCUUGACCGAACGGAAUAAACGGGCUAAUCGCCACCGAGUUGCUAUUUAAGUAUUAUAUUAUACCCAAUAUCGAUUAUCGAUACCAGUAGCGGUUCCAGAGGUUAUUCAAGGGUGAUGGGGGGAGGGGGGCAAAUUUUCAAAAAAUAUUUUUACGAUAUAGUAGUAUAACGACCCUAAUAAGGUUAGCAGCACAACCAUCGAAGACACUUAUGUAAUAUUAUAUUCAACAAAUUUGUUGGAUACUUGUUGGACAUUGUUGGAUAUCUCCUGGUCUUUGCGUUAGACUUUAUUUUGGCCGUUAGAGCUUUAGACUGAAAUUUUGUGCUACCAACUUACUAUACUCCAACAGCACAACUAUGGUUGUGCUGUAAACGUUAUGAGGGUUUGUAUAAUGUGAAAUUCUAUUGUCGGCAAACAAGACUAUACUAUAAUAAUUUAUAUGGCUUAUAUUUUUUAACAAUAUAUUUUAACUGCAUACUAUAAUUAAAAAGUGUAGAAUAUUAGAACUUCAUAAAAAAAACACCAACUAAGCCCGCUUGGGGAGUCGCACUAUAGUAUUUCUCCCAGUAUCCGCCAAAAUGUGAUCGGUACUAUGUACUUAUUAAAUUUUAUUUCGUUUCAUUUUUUUCUUGUUACACACACAUAGAUAAUAUAAGAACGGAUAGGACCUAAGAACUUAUCACUAGAAAAUUUAGUGAUACGUUUUUAAUGUUUUAUGGCGCAAAUAUUGAUAUGAUAAUUGGUAAGUGAUAAUAAAUAACAUUAAUGAUUAAUUCGUAUUAACGAUCCAUAUUAUUCUAUAUUAUAAUUACAAUUAAUUAUGUACGCAGAGUUUAGAGUAAUUUGAGUAUUCCAAUAUCCAUUUUCAGGCACAACAAUCAAAAUAAAAAUUUGAAAUUUACAAAUAUUGUAAACAGUUUUUGGACAUAACCUUAAAAAAAGCCCCAUAUCGUCUUUCUCUCUUUACGUUCUCUCUUCCCCAAAAAAGCACACGGUCCCAUAUGAAACUGGUAUAGACAUGUCCUAUCCAUCCUUAUAGUAUCUAUGGUUACUCACGUUUAUUUUCUCCGUAAAAUUUUCCGCCUGCUAAGUGCGAACGACACGACGUGUAACACGUUGAUUAGGUUACAUCCCUAUUCCAUAUACAUAGGCGUAGAUAUAUAUAAAUAAGUAAUAUAUUAUUAUUAUUAUAUGCAUGACGUGCAAAUACAAUAAUAUUAUAUAUAGGUUAUUUUUUCAUUGUUGAAUAAAAGUAGUAGCGAGCUUGAUCUAAUAUUAUAAUUUCAUCACGGUACACGAAAUUUCGAUUUCAUAUUAUUAUAUUAUAAUAUUCAACAUUUGUCCCGUGCUACUGCAGUAGCAGCCUGCGGUCUGCGUAUACAACGGCCCGUCGAUCACGGAGGCCACUCGACGAUUAAUCAAACGAUCGCCCUUUCGACGACCCUUUAUCUCUUUCUUUCUCUCCCCGUUUUUUUUCCUGUGGGCGCGUUAAACGAUUUCACACGGGCCAAGUUUUCUGAAUAAGACACCUAUAAAAGUAAAUUACAAACAGGAUACACACCGAAUCCGAAGAUAAUCGGACAAAAAUGUGGGUAGACUGCCCGAAGUGACAUUGUAAUACAAUGCAUAAUAUGUAAAAUGCGGUGUGCAAAACCCCCAGAAAUUAUAGUGCCUUUUAAACGCUUUAUUACGGUGGAUGCCAGAUUUAACUGCAUUUUUUCUACGUAAAAUUUCUCUAACCACAGUUGUCGUUGGGGGGUUAAUGUGCGUUGCGGCAUUGUGCAUAUUAUCAAAUGUCAAGUAUAAUUUACUUAUGUUCCAUCCAUAACUAAUUCUUAAAAAUAUUACCCGUAUAGGUACACGUACGCAUGUAUAGGUAUCAGGUAGGUGCAGUAUAUAUCACACAAAUUAAUACUAAUUUUUCAUCAGUUUGUAUAUGCUCAUGAUUCUUAAUACAAAUUUUGAUGCGAUCCGAAAGCACAGCGUUGUACCUACAAAGAGUAACUUAAUAAUUAAAAAUAGAUAUUAAACACUUUUAUCACUUAAAAAAAAAUAAAUAAAAUAAGAGUUGGAUGUUAAAAACGUUUAGAAAUGUUUACUUAUAACUACCUCAAUUUCUUGUGGACAAUAUAACGCUUUAAAAGUUCGGUAUGUAUGCCUAUAUAAUAUGUAUAAUAAAAGUAAAUCGAUUUUUUUUAAUAUACCUAAGAGACUGUAUGUUUAAUGACGAUAAUAAUGUGUUAAAUAGAAAAUUAUUUAUUUUGUUGUUUCUUUUUUUUCUUAAUCAACCCCAAGGAAUAAUAUACGUUCCUAAUUAUACAGGUAGUAGUGCAAUACCUACCUACAAGUACGCUUUGUGUUAUAUUUAAAAAUGUAUAACUAUUAGGUAGCUGGUAGGUAGGUACUAAAAUUACUUGUAACGUACAAUUUGUCUUGCUAUUACAAUGCUAUAAAAUUAAAAAUAUGUUUAUUAUAAUUUUAAGUAUUUUGCACGUUUUAUUGUGUGUUUAAGGAUAAUGGUUUAAGGUUUUGAAACUCAUCAAGUAAUGUUAUGCAAAUUGAAACCUUUUGUUAAAAAUAUAUUAAUGAAUAAAAUA